AUGUCUUUUUUUUUUCAUCUUCUUUUUGCUUCUGACCCAAAGCCUGCCAUUUUACUCCUUCGAGAAAGGGAAGGAGGGACAAAAGAAAAUAAAAGAAAAGAAAGAGGGAAAAGAAUAGAAACACUACCAAGAAAACGAAGAAGUAAAAAAAAAAAAAAAAUAGAAAGACAAGCGGAACGUCGGGAAGCCCAAAAAGGGCUGACCCGAAUGACUGACUUCUUGUGCCUCUACCCUACUGCCCCCCCGUGCCGCUCAACGUCGGGGGCUAGAACGACCACCGACACCGCCGUCGCCGAUUGUGAGUUCAUCCUACAUAGUAUACGCUAUCUUCCCCAUCUUUUUUUUUUUUGUCUCCAUCCUAUCCGCCUCCAUGCGACCCAAUCGUAG